AUCAAUCAAAUGUGACAGUUGACAGAUUACGUUUUUUUUUUUUUUUUUCUUUAUUUUUAUUUAUCAUCAUUGUGUGCUAUUAUUAUUAUAAUAUAUAAUUUUUUAUAAUUUUAUUUUGUUUAUCUUUAAUGUAUAUUUUGUUUUAGAUAAAAUUUUUGGUUAAAAAAAUAAUAAUUGUUUUUGGAAAUACGUAGCAAAUGUUUAAACAUUUGUAAACGACAAAGAUACCGUGACGAUGCACACAACGUCAUUUAAAUAGUCAGUACAUGAUUUUUUUUAAUAUAUAAUAUUUAUAUAUAUAAAAAAAAAAAAAUAUUAUUGUCUUGUCUCAAAUGAGAAAGAGAGAUUGUUGAUCGUUGAAGCUUAAAAGUGAGAGUACUCAUGUUAAUUUCAAUUUCUAUUUAAAAAGAAAUUUUUUUUUUUCUAAAAAACUGUGGUUAAUUUUUAGGAUAAGAUAAAUAAAUAAAUAUAUUUUUAAAGAAUAUAGGUACAUUUUUUUUUUUUUUGUGUGACUGGCACAGUAAAGUGUUUCGUUUGAUGAUAAAAAUAGAUAUUGUGUGCUUAUCGCUGUUACUGGCUAUCAGAAAUAAAAAUGUGCACAAUGUUCACUGUCUACGUGUUUGUCUUCGUGGUGUAUGAGAUCAUUAUUCAUCAGGUAUUAUGACGAUAUUACUGCGACAAUCACUUUUCAAUACUUUAUUACUUAACAAAUAAUAAUUUAAUAAUAUUCGACCCACCCAUCAAACUCAUACUAUUAUCUAUGAAAAAAAAAUGUUAAAAUAAAAAUAAAACAAUUUGUUUUUUAUCAUAUAUAUAUUUCUUUUUUUGAUUAAACAUUAUUAUUAUUAUUAUUUUGUGAUUAAAAAAUAAUAGUCAAGUGACAGAGUGUUAUUGUGAAGGUGUCAUUUUAAUUAUUGUGAUAUUUAAAGUUUCUUUGUAUGAAUUUUUUUUUAUUUUAUAUUCGAAAAACAUUUUAAAUAAAUCAUCAUGAAGAAGCAAUUUUUUCGUGUUAAACAGCUUGCUGAUCAAACAUUUUCCAGAGCUGGAAAAACUGAAGUUUUGACAGAUGAUUUACAAGCAGCUGAUAAACAUGUUGAACAAAUUAGAAAUGCACUUAAUGGAUUGAGUAAAAGACUUGGUUCACAACCAAGUCAAACAACAGCACAAGAUCCAGCUCACAAAGAAAAACGAUUGAAAAAAUGUUCAGAAUAUAUACUUGGACAAACAAUGCUUGAUAAUGCAUCUGAUGAAGGUUUAUUGGGUUUUGUAUUAACAAAAUGUGGUGAUACACAAAUAGCACUUGCUAUUGAAGCUGUUGAACAUGAAGCUAAAGUUGAACAAUUUGUUGUAACACCAAUACAACAAAUAUUGGAUACAGAUGUACCAAAUAUUGUUAAACAUAAAAGAAAUUUAGCUAAAUUAAUACUUGAUAUGGAUAGUGCAAGAACACGAUAUAUGCAAGCAAUUAAACACAGUGGUAAUGGUGGUACUGGUGCAACAAAAGUUGAUAGUUUACGUGAAGAAUUAGAAGAAGCUGAAACAAAAGUUGAACAAUGUCGUGAUCAAUUAGCUGCUGAUAUGUUUCAAUUAAUGUCUAAAGAAACAGAACUUGCUCAAAGAAUAAUACAAUAUGUUAAACUUCAACGUGCUUAUCAUGAAAGUGCCUUACAUUGUUUGGAAGAACUUAUACCUGGAUUAGAAUGUUAUAUUAAUGACAAUGAAAUGAAACCAGUAUAUGGUCAUUCAUUGGAAGAACAUUUAAGAGUUACUAAUAGAAAAAUUGCAUUACCAAUACAAUUAUGUGUAUCAGCAUUAUUAAAAAUUGGUAUGGAAGAAGAAGGUUUAUUUAGAAUUGCUGGUGGUGCAUCAAAAUUAAGAAGAAUUAAAUUGAGUCUUGAUGCAUGUUGUUUAAAUCUUCAUACUGCAUUGGAAUAUAAAGAUCCUCAUUUAAUUGCUGGUGCAUUAAAAUCAUAUUUACGUGAAUUACCAGAACCACUUCUUACAUACAAAUUAUACAAUGAAUGGAUGACAGCAUCAAAAAUGCUUCAAAGUGAUAAUAGACUUCAAGCAAUUUGGGAAGUUUUACAUAAAUUACCGCAAAUUAAUUAUGAUAAUUUACGUUAUUUAAUUAAAUUUUUGGCAAAAUUAACAACAAAUUGUGAUGUUAAUAAAAUGACACCACAAAAUAUUGCAAUUGUUAUUGCACCAAAUUUAAUUUGGGCACCACAAGACGAUAAAAAUACCAUGGUAAUGAAUAUGAGUACUGCAAAUAACUCUAGUCAAAUAGUUGAUCAAUUGGUAACAUAUGCCGAUUGGUUUUUUCCUGAUGAUAUUGAUUUUGAAAGUGAUUUAGAUAUUGGUAUUGUAAAUGGUACUGAUAAUACAAGUAUUAUGCAUAAAUGUAUAUCAACUGGUAGUUUAAAUGAUAUUGGUGAAAGUCCACCACAAGGAAGUCCAAAACCAGCAACAAGAAGAAAAAAUAAAUUAGCACCAACACCACCAAAUUCAACACCUGAUAAAGUUGAUAAAAAAAUUAUUGAUGAUAAAUUAUUAAUACCAUCAGCACCAGAUAAACCACCACGUCCAUUAACAACAUCAACAUUAAAUCGUUAUACAUAUAAAGCACAAAAAUCUGAUGUAAAUAACGAAUUAACAGGAUCAAUAUAUCAACAAAAUCAUGACAAAGAUAAUAAAAUUGAUAAAAAAAAUGAAACAGAUAUUAAAACACUUGGUUUUGAUGCUAUUAUUAAUAAUAAUAAUAAUGUUAAUAAUGAUAAUAAUGAUGAAUUAAUUGAAAAAAAUGAUGAUGAAAUUGAUAAAAUAAGUAAAAAUUCUGAUGUAAAUAUACCAAUUGGUUUUGAUUGUAUUAAUGCUUCUUUAGCAUCUGGUAAAAUAUCUGAAAUAGAUAAUAAUAAUAGUGAUGUUUAUAAAUUUAAACCAAUACCUGCUGAAAAACCAACAACAUUAGAACGUCGUAGAAUGCCAAUUGCUGCACCAAGAACAACAAUAACAAAUACAGCUAGUGAUGAAGUUGUUGAAUUGAGAAAAAAAAAUGAUGGACCAUCAACAAUUGAUCGUAAUAGUAAACCAGCAAUUCCAGAAAGACCAGCAGGACUUCCAAGACCAUCAAGUUUAAUUAGAUCACAUCCUCGUCAAAGUAAUGAAAAUUUAGAUUUAGAUAUUGGAUCAAUGACACUUGAACGUGCACAUAUGUAUUCAGUUGAUAAACAACAAGUAAGUAUAAUACAAUUACGUGGUAAUAAUAAUCAACAAAAAUUAAUAAAUGAAAGCAAUGGUACAUCAAUAUUACAAAGAAGUCCAAGUGUUGGUAGUAGACCAACAUCAGUAUCAUUAGCUGAUGAUAAUAAACCACCAAGACCAGAUAUACCAGAACAAAAUAAAACUCAUACACGUACAAGAUCAGAGGGUAAUAUUAUUGAUGUACAAACACAAACAUCAACAAUUAUUGUAUCAAAAUCACCACAAAAUAUACAAAUACAACAACCUGUAUCACCAAGAUUUCUACAAAGACCACCAAGACCACAGCCACCACCACCUCCACCACCAACAAAUCGUCCAAAAUCAGAAUAUGAAACUACCAAUCUUUAGAGCUUAAUAUAAAAAAAAUAAUUACAAUUUAUUAUUAUUAAUAAUAAUAAUAGUACUGUUUAAUUAGUAUUUAAUAUUUCCAAAGUCGAACAAAAAUUAUUUUGCGUUUUUAUUAUUAUUAUUAUUCAAAUUUAUAUAAAAGAAAAAAUGUUCGAAAAAAAAAAAAAAUAUAUAAAUCUGCUUCCUCAUUAUUUAAAUCAGGAAUUAAAAUUAAUAAUUAAUAAUAAAUAUCCAAUGAUAAUUUUGUCCAAGACAUUAUACCUCAUAUGGAAAUUAAAAAAAAAAUUUUUUUAUAUAUAUAUAAAUAUAUUUUUUAAAUAGAAAAUAUAAAUGAUAUAUAUAAAAUUUAAAAAUUAAAUCAACAGUUAAAAGUAGAUUUAUUAAAAUAAUAUGUAUUUUUUAAUAAUAAUUAUAAUUAUGUGCUUCUAAUUAUUGUUAUUUAGCAAUUAUUAAAUUUACAUUUUUUUUUUAACGCACAAAUUUUAAGUUACACAUUGUUAAAUCAUCAAACACACAAUGACAAAAUUUUAAAUUAUAAAUAAUUUUGUUAUUUUAUUAUUUGUUAUUGAUAAUAUAAAAAGAAAAAUAAUUUAAAUUAUUUUCAUUAGCGCAACUGUGAUUAAGCGCUAAGUUUGAUUAAGUUUGAUUGAAAAAAAAAAAAAGAAAAAUCAUUUUGUUUUUUUUUGUUCAAGUUUAUG